CCCAGCACCCAAAGGUGGCUCACGACCAUUAUAACUCUGGUUCCAGGGAUCCAGUGCCUUCUUCUGACCUCUGAAGGUACAGUUAUACAUAGUGCACACAUGUACAUGCAGACAAGACACUGGUGCACAUGAUAUAGACACUUAAAAAAUUAAGCAUGCAAAGAAAAACACACAGUAAGGUGGUUUUUUAAUGUUUGAAUGAAAUGGCCACAGACUUGUCAUUUCUGAAUACAAAAUGACAAUGACUGAUGAUGUCAUGAAACAGUUACAAUGAGCAGACAGGACACAGAGUAGGCUAUACCCAUACAGUAGGAUUAGAACUACCUCGGUGAGACAGAAGAAAGGGCUGUGAGAGGAGGAAGACUGGAGGAAAGCUGUUAGGUGGACUGGGGAGUUUAAAUCAGAUGGCAGUAGUUCUUUGACAGAGAGCAGUUAGGGCAGAAAGCACAGCCUGAGAAUGCUUAGGCUUUUAUUUCUUUAGAAUCUGUCUUUAGUUUUUUAUACAAUCUUAAAACUUUUUAUUAAUAUUUUACUCAUUUUUAACAUUUCUUUAUCCUUAUGUAGUUUUAAAACUCUUAUUAAUUAAUUAUAAGUUAAAACUUCAGUUUUUCUUUUGAUGUUUUAAAAUAUUAGUUAAUAUUUUAGUUAAUAUCUAUUUGUGAUCUUUAAUUCUUGUUGGCCAGGUUUUCUAAUUUCAUUGGGGGGGGGACGUGGGGGUAGGAAUCAAGUAGUCCCUAUUAUAGGAAGCAUAAAAUCAAAUUAUCUAUAGUUAUAUUUAUUUAAUUUUUGAAGCAUUUGUAAGUUGAAUUUGCAUAGUUACCAAACAAAACCAUCUGGGGUACCAAAUGACAACUUUUCAAAUAUUCUAUAAAUUAGACACUAGAGGAGUGUCAAAGAGAUAAAAAUGCUGAAUGCUAGCAAGUUAACAACCAAACAUUCUGAAAACAAAAUUAAACCAAAUGUUCUGAAACCAUAGGCACUGAAAACAAACAGUGGAAUAAACCAAAGGACUGUGGCCCAACCAAGCAAGUCCAAGUCCCCCCAAAACAGCUACCUACCAAUAUCUACUUGAGGAGGUAACACUAAGUGGUUGGGCAUAGUUGGUGCUUUCUAGUAUCUGACACCAAUCCAGGCUACUCUUCUGGUGAAGGGGAUCAUCCUUGGAGCACCAGGGUUAGGUGCCAAAGCAUAUGUACAUGAGCUGGGAAGAUAGGUCAAUGGACAUUGCUUACCCAGCAUGCACGUGUGAGGCCCAGGCCCUAAGUUCAGUUCCCAGAAACAUACCCACACACAAAACAUAACACAGAUCUGACUUCAAAGGGACUUAGAUUUUAUUCUAGAACCAAACAUAAGUGACCAUGACAUAGGAACAGAUUCAGAUUGACCAAAUACUGUAUUCCCACAUGGUAACAGCUUCAUAAAAUUUUUAUAGGUAAGAGAACAUGGGGCUAGAGAGGUGGCUUGAGAGUUAAGAGCACUUUUUGUUCUUGUAGAAGACCCAGCCUUAUUUCCCAGCACCCACAUCAGGCAGCUCCAACCUCCUGUAACUCCAGUUACAGGAUCUUCUUAACUCCUAGCUGAAGGUUUGCAAAAUGUGUUACAAACAUGGGUUCAUCUCCUCAAGCAAUAGGAACUUCUUGGACCAUCUUAUAGAGCUAGAGUUGAGAAAACAACCAGCCAGAUAAUGUGUCACCUUUUAAAAUGUUUAUUUAAAUUGUUUGAAGCUCAUGCCAGUAUACAAAAGAUGCACUGCUGACUGUCAUAUUCCUCUGUUCAUUUCCCCCAGCAUGACCAUGUUUAAAUCUCCUCUGGUCUUGUGAGAUAACUUAGUAUGUAUGUGUUAAACCUGAUGACCUGAGGUUGAUCCUUGGGAUCCAUGGAUGGAAAGAGAGAACCAGCUCCAGCAAGUUGUUCUCUGACCUCUACUCAUGUGCCACGGCCUACACAUACACACUAAGUUUAAUUAAAAAACAAAAACGCUGUCCCUUGCUAUUACUGCCUUUAACUGGCAUAUUGGGAAAGGUGUCCAAGUUUAAACUUGAACACUUAGAUCUCACAUAAAUUCCAUCCUGACCAAACACAGCGCAGUAAAUUCUAAAGUAACUGCUUCCUUCUCCCACACUCACUUCCAUGACUCGGGCCCAGCAGCUCUGUCUGCCCAGGCACAGUGGCAAGAGUUCAUUCACCCCAUGAGCAGUGAAUAAGGUGUGGGCAUUUGAGAAUGGCUCUGCCAUGGGAGAGGUGGCUUGGCCUACUCCCAGGGAACAUCAUUGUGGAGCCACAGCAAGGUGGUCCCCAAGAGGGAGGUGCAGGUCUCUGCCCUUCUGACCCAGGAUUUGGCAGGCAAAUUCAGCCGUGUGCGUGAGGGGUAUGGGGUUAGCUAAUGUUGAGUAGACUGUGUCCUGCACUGUCAGGGCCCAAGGCAGAGUGCCACCCCAGCUGCUUUCCCCGUGGGCCGUUAUGGCUCAUUGCCAUGGAGAUGCACUUGAAACAGCUAAGUGCUGCUGAGGGAUGGCCUUCCAUCUGUCCCAGGCCCUGUUCACUGGGAGCCCACCAAACUCAACUUGAGGACAAGUCUUUUGGGGGCACUGAGUGAACCUUACCUGUUUUUGUAACGGUUGUAUGUGGCCAAUGCUACAACGGUUAGUCUACGUUGCCACCCCCAUAAUGGCCUGCUCUCCACAGCUACACUACUUGUAGGCAAAGGUCAGCUCCUCAUCUUCCCAAUCGUAAGUACAGCAUUUCCUUGGCAACCUCUAGAUCCUUGGCUUGUGGCCACAGGACAUCGUCCUAGUCGGCGUUCUGUUGCCGUGAAGAGACACCAUGACAGCGGCAACUAUUCUAAAAGGAAAGCAUUUAAUUGGGGCUGACGUACAUUUUCACAGACUUAGUCCAUCAUCCUCAUAGAGUGAAGCCUGGCAACAAGCAGGCAGACAUGGUGAUGAGAGUUCUACAUCUGCAACCAAAGGCAGGAGGAGGAGAAAGCCACUGGGCCUGGCUUGGGCUUUUGAAACUUUAAAGCCCACCCCCGGUGACACACUUCCUCCAAGGACACACCUCCUAAUCUUUAAAUAUUGCCCGUCCUUGAUGACUAAGCAUUCAGUGUAUAAGCCUAUGGGAGCCAUUCUUACUCAAACCGCCACAAGCACAUUAACCACACCAACAAGAAGGGGGAAGGGCUAUCUGGGAGCUGGUGCUUUCUGAUGGGAGCUCGCCCUUCCCUUCGUUCCUGAGUGCUCCAGGGAAAGGGAAAGUAGGAGGGGAUGGAAGGCAGGAAUAGAUUCCAUGAUGAAUCUUGGUAAGGAAAAAAGUUUGACAGUGUUUUGUACAUCUUGAACUUAAAGGUUUGUGUGUUUAGUCUUUGUGGGGAAGUAUGUGUAAGAGCCACAGUUAACCUGUAAGCCCCACUUGCCCAAGGACAGAUAACUUCCUGGGAUGUUAAGGGCUAUACUUCCUGGGAAAUAACAAGCCACAUGUUUUCACUUCUCUAAACAAGGUUGUUUGCACCAGAUGUGCUUGCUCACCAGAUGUGAGCAGGUAUAGGUCAGGAUACGUGUUUGCCCCUGAUCAGGUUGAUGGCAAAUGUACUGUGGACUUUGACUUUAAAGCUUCCGCAUAAUGUGUCUUGUGCCUGUUUACUGGGAACCCAGGAGUGGACCUGGCCUGAGUCCAUCUUCUUGACUAGUAUUUAAUUAAUGCUAGCUUUAAUUAAUUCAGCUCAAAAUUGUGGAACUGAUUUUUUUUCUCUAACGAAUCCCAGGAUUAAUAUAUUCCAUGUGUAGGGGGCAUGUGGGGGUGACUCAAAGGCCAGAAGAGGGCAUUGCUGGAGUUACAGGCUGUUGAGAGUAGCCCUAUGUUGGUCCUGGAACUGCUAGGUCCUCUGGAAGAACAGCAAGCACUCUUAACUGCUAUGCCAUUUCUACAGCCCCUGAGUUAAAAUUCUUAAGAUAAUUCGUAUGUGUAUACAGUAUAUUUGUAUUCCUGGCCAGUGCUUGCGAAAUGUGUUACAAGCAUAGAUCAGAGUCUAGAGGGACCCCACUGGGAUUUCCAGAUUCUCUGUUUGAACAAGGAAUUGCACCUGGGAUACACAGUUGGUGAUUACAAAUAGAGGCCUUUCAUUAAAAGAAUGAUACUUCUCCGAAUAGAAGUGCUUCCUGAUCCUGAGAACAGAAAAAUGUCCAAGGUUCGGUCCUCUGUAGGAGAUUUACAAUGCCUCUGCCUUCUCUGGCAGUAGGAGGGCACAGGGCUUUUUUACAUACUGUUUUGUUAUGUGUAGCCUGUAGUUGGAAGGAUUUCUAGUCUUCCUUUGCUAUUGAUUUUUAUCAUGCAACCAUCCAUGCCUUAUUCUCCUUCCUCUCUUAGAAGGGAAUAAAGCCAAAGAGUUCCAAAGCAGUCUGUGAAACUAUUUUGCAUUACAAUUCUGAUGUCUGACUAUACGUCCUUGCAGCUGACAGGAGGGACCACUUCUGAAGAAUGCAUUUAUUUCAUAUCACUUUAUUUCUGUACUGUUCAGCCGAGUAUUAUUCUGCAUAAAAUAUGUGUAAUAAGAAAGGGGCACAUCCUUUGUGACAAAGUUAUUAAAUUUCUAAGACUCAGGUUCUGUAGCAUCAAAGUCAGGUUAAGUAUAGAGCAGCAUGCCCUAAGGCUGUAGGCUCUUAGAGCAGGUUUUGAAAGUUCUCAGCACCACCACUAGCCCUGGCUGGAAUAACUUUUCCAGCACCUCAUUGGAGACACCCCUAGAGGGCAGCAUUGCAACCACUUCUUCAAAGACUUCACUUGUUAAAAGGACAGACAUGAAAACCAAAGCCAGCCUCUUUCAGUUUCCAAGUUAGGCCUCACAUAGUCCCCUGGGUGGAGAUGAGCCCAUUGCUAAUUCACAUUUACUCCAGUGUCUGUUUGUCUUUGCGGUUCCAUAUGGACAUUACAAGGUUUGGACAUCAUUACUCUCCCUUCCCUUCCUUUGACUUCCUCUUAACCAGAGUGUUAAAUACCUGGUGAGCAAGCCACAGUUUGUCUGUGUCUUACCAAGGUAAGCAUGGGUAUUAUGUGACUAUAAGAGGCAUCUUCCCAUACAUGGAAAUAUCCCGUGUUGCCAUUUUCACCCUAGAAAACAGAAAUCAAUUGUACUUUAAUUUUUUUAAGAAAGACAAACUGAAUGAAGGGUACGGGUGAGCACCAUCAUUAGUCACUUUACUGCAAACCCCUUGGUGCCGUCAUGAAAUGUCCCCACCAGAGGAUGUAAUCCUUUCUUUCCCCUGUGGUAUCCUGGAGAUCACAGAUAAGCAUGUGCUUAACAAUCUACAGAUGAAAGACUGCUACCAAGUCUAACAGAAGUAGAUCAGAUGUCAUAGUUUACCUUAGUCAAAAUGCCAGGGCAGUCUGUGCGAGGAAGAUAUCUAUCCAGGACCUCAAAACUAGGUUCUCAGCAUAGAGAUUGAUUUGCCCUAAAGGGACAGAGGACAGGAGAUGAGAGACAAAGAGGGGAGAUAGAAAAUGAGGGAGACCGGGAAGGGGACAAAAGAAAGGGGGCAGGGAUAUUUGUCCCAGGAUAGGACAAAGGACUGCCUCUGGAUAGAGAGGAGAGAGAUGUGGCACAUCAGAAAAUAGCUGUUUAUAAAUGCACAAGGGGGAAUCUUGUAUUAGCAUGAGGUGUUUCAUUUUAAUUGGGCAUAUUAAUUAGGUGAACCAAAGGGGCUUUUGAUUGCUGGGUUUCAAUACUUUAAUAGCUGGACCUUGGUGAUCAGUCUCAGGAGGAGGAAGUGGCCAAAUAAGGGAAUAGACAGAAAAGUAAUGUAAUGGUUUUCAGCAAGGCAGACAGGGUGGGGAGAAGGGCAAUGUUCCCAGAGCCAUGCUUACCAUGGCCAUGCUGGAACUGGCCAAAGUUCCUUCAUCUUGGGUUUUCUUUAUACGGGAACUUAGAAGAGGUCAAAGAAAGUGGGAGACCAAAACCUUCAGUACCUAGUACACAAAUAUUUCUAGAUACCUAUACUAUAAUACCAACAUCUGAAAUUGGCCAGCAUCCCCCUAACUGUUGUAAUCAUUUGUCUUGGGUUUUGUUCUGAAUUCUUUGACUUCGUAUUGUCUGUUCUUGAAAGUGAUUAUUUGUUAAAUCUGCCAGUUUUAACUCCCAACUCCACCCCACAUUUUCGUGAUGUUUUUUCCCUGUUGCUGCUCAGUUGGGAGAGUGCUUGCCUAUCUUACAAGAAGCCCUGAAUCCCUCUCCCAGCACCCCAUAAAACCUGAUGUGGUAAUUCGUGCUCUAGUCCUAGUACUCAGUAGAUAGAGAAGCGUCAGAAGCUCAAGGACAUCUUCAACUACAUAGUAAGUUUGCAGCCAGCCCAGGCUAUGUGAGAUCCUGUCUGACAAAUCAGAGACAGGAGGGAGUGCCAGCUGAUAAUUCCCAGUGAUAGCUCUCAGUAUCUCAGGUUGUUCCUUUAAGAAAGGGGAAAGGAUAUCUAUUGUAAAUUAUUAUUUUAUUUGCUUGUUUAUUUGGCUUUUUGUACAUGUCUGUUUGACCCACACUGGCUUCAAACCCGUGAUCCUCCUCACCUUGACUCCCAAGUAACUGGAUUAUAGAUGCCCACCAUUGCCCACCAUUGCCUAGCUCUUUCCUUUUAGACCUCUGAUUGUAGAUGCACAUGGGUGGGCUGUUGGUGUUGCAGAAGUCCGAGCAUGCUUCUAGACAUUCCCAAUUCCAACAGUCACCGCAGUCAGCUUUGUAAGGACAGUGUUUAUCUUCAAGUUCAAACUAAAGGCUCUGGGCAGGGAUCAUAAGCAUCAGCUUUGCAAUCUUGAGACUGUUGAAAAAAUGUGGAAACAGUAGAGACGGCACCUUUCACCAAGGUGUACCCCAAGAAGAAACAGAUCCCAGCUGUUCAGAGUACAAGCUAAGCAGAGCCUGACUCUCAUCCCAGUGCUGUGCCCUGAAGUUUUUUGUGACUUACACCUCUAGAACUAUAAGCCUAUUUCACUCUUUAUUCUGUAAGUGGCCUUGCUCACAGUGUUUCUUCACAGCAAUAGGAAAGUAACCAGUACAGGAUAGUUAUGUGUGUGUGUCAGGUUGACAGGGGCUCAGCUAUACAGGUUGUUUCUUGUCAACCUGACACACACCUCCACGUAUUUGGGAAGAAGGAUUCUUGACUGAGAAAAUGCUCCAUCUGGUGUGUAGAUAAGUCUGUGGAGUAUCGUCUUGCCUAAUGAUUGGUGUGGGAGAGCCCACAUACGCUGGGUAGUAUCACCCCUGUGUAGGUGACUGAGUGAGCAGUGGAAAGCCAGCCAGUCGGCAGUACUCCCCUAUGCCUUCCACUUCAGUCCUGCCUCCAGAUUCCUACCUUAAAUUCCUGCCCUGGUUUAUCAAUAGAGUGUCACCUGAAAGUUUGUAAGCUGGAAUAAACACCACCACCACCACCAAGUUGCCUUUGGUCACAAUGUUUUAUCAUGGUAAUAAAAUCUCUAAGACAGGUGUUGGGGAUUUAGCUCAACGGUAGAGCGCUUGCCUAGCAAGCUCGAGGCCCGCACUGGGUUCGGUCCCCAGCUUCGGGGGGGGGGGGGGGGGGGGGAAGGGAAGGGGCUGGGGAUUUAGCUCAGUGGUAGAGCGCUUACCUAGGAAGCGCAAGGCCCUGGGUUCGGUCCCCAGCUCCGGAAAAAAAAAGAACCAAAAAAAAAAAAAAAAGAACGAAAAAAAAGGGAAAAAACAAAACAAAACUCUAAGACAGAGUUUCUUACCAGUAGCCCAGAAUGACCUCAAUCUCUAGAUUGUUCUGCCUUACUCCCAAAUAAUCAUAGUCAUGGACCCCCAUGCCCAGCAUGGUGCAACAGUGAAAAAGAGAUCUGAAGUUCAGCUGAAAUCUCAGCUAAAGGCAUAAAGUCGAGAAACACAGAUAAUGAUGGUAAUAAAAUAACUCACAGAAGAGAUUUCUGGGUGAGUCCUGGAAACUGAGUCACCUCAAGAUGUGGGGAAGGAUGAUGAAGGAUAAGGGACCUUGUCAGAACAAGGCCAAAAGAAUCAUGCAUGGUGAACAAUGCCUUGGGGAACUGUGAAAGAGGCUCCAGGAAAAAGGCCAAGGGCCUUUUACCUCAAGUGCAUUUUGUUCCCUGGAUUGUUCUUGGAUGCAAUUUCAUGCCUCCUGUGACAAAUAUUUGCAUUCAAUUUAUAAAAUGUUUAUUCUCGUUGGAUGUCAGAUCGUAGCUAUAGAGCCCAAUCUGGUGAGAGGGCUUGCUGAGUGCCACGUCUGUCUGCUCUCUAUCCAGAGGCAGUCCUUUGUCCCACUCCAGGACAAAUACCCCUCCCCCUCUCCCAUGCCCCUUUCCUCCUCCUUUGUUCCCUUCCCUAUCUCCCUCUACUCUGUCCCCUUUCUUUGUCCCUUAACCCUGCCCUCUGUCCCUGUGGGGCAAAUAAGUCUCCUUAGUGCUGAGAACUUGGUCUUGUCAGCCCUGAGCCAAUACUUUAGCUUUCAGUGUUCUCCCUGCACCCUGCACCCUGAAUCUGGAUAUAACCUUCUGCUUGCUCUCUCAGACAUCAUCUAUAGUACGUGCCUGUGUUUAUAUUGGUCUGUCUUGAGAAAGUUUUGGGAAAGGGUUGCUCUGUUAAUUUUUAGUAUGUGUGUACUGGUGUUUAUUUACAUGUUUUUCUGGUCAUGGUUUUUCUGAACUCAACCAGAGUUCCUUGGAUCACUGCUUUCUUUGUUACAUUCGUGUCUAAAAGCACACUGACCCUGAGGUAAGGUUGUCUACAGCAUUAGAUCAUAGUUGGUCCCGUUCUUUCAGGUUCUCAGAUCCCAGGUCCCAAAGACACAGAUCGAACAGACCCUCAACCUACCCACAGAGAUGCCGGCCAUGUCAAAGAAAGCCUGGAGAGGCCCACUGGCUGAGUAGGAUAUGGCUGUCAACAGAGCUAGCUACAGGAUUGGCAUAAGCAGGUUAGCACAGCUGGGCAUUAAUUUUGUCAGGUCAUCCUCUGCCAGAUACAUCAUUUCCUUGCUGUGUAUGUGAAAACCUGGGGUAGGAUCCUGGUCCUCCCCUGAAGAGCUAUGUAAUUGUGGCCAAGCCACUUAACUAAUAUUUAGAUUCUAUGGCUGUUAAAUGUAGGGUUGGCACUCUGUAGCAUAAACCCAGUAGUGGCUUCUAAACAACAUCCUCAUCAUAAGAUUGCCUGGCCCGGGACUGUUGAGUACCUCAUAAUUGCUGGGCAGACACAAAGAGUCAGCCUCUCUCCCAGUUCCCUCUCACUGAUCUGAGGCCCAAAACAAACAGCAAGGGCUGGUCUGUGCCCACAAAACCUGUUUGUAUUAGAAGAAGUGACAAGUAAGGCUCUUAAUCCUCUCCGGCCUUUCACACUAAGGUGUGGCAGAAUAGACAACAGACCAAGCCUUUUACACCACCUGCUAUAAAGGAAAAGACUACGAAAGAAUUGAAAUUGCUUUAAUAACCCUUCUGAACAGCACAUAUGUGCUCAAAGCUGGGCUUUCCCACACCGUUACCUAUAUCAGUUCUGACCCUCCAGAAACUUCUUAGAGAGGUCGUAACUGUUCGUCUUAAAGCCUUCUUUGUAUUCUAGUAACCUCACCCCCAGGAAUCCUUCUCCCUCCUCAACUUACUCUCAAAUUUCACAGAAGACAUUUUCUGUUAAGAGUUUUCUGGGGGCUUACAGAAAAUGGGUUCAAAUCCAGUCAGCUACCCAGCUAUGGCCUCAAAAAUGAUGGACCCAGUCCAGGAGUCCCCUGGAGACUGGUCCUGCUCAGUCCCUUCAGAACUUCACCCUUUCAUGAAGUUUCUAGUAAGUCUUCAGUCUUCCCUAACCUAGACACAGCUCAUUAGAAACCUUUGCUCUGCCCCUCCCUCCUCAGUCUGCCUCCCUGAGCUCCCCCGGCUCCCACCCCUCACUCAUCUCAUGCAGACCCUCACAGACCCUCUAGGUAAGAAGAACUAGGAGUCUGAGAAAGGAACGUUCCCAUUGACCCUCCAGUAAGCCACCAAGCCAUGGAGAUGCCCACCCCUCUACUCUGAGAGCCCCUACCUAUUUAGGCCUCAGAAUUAGGCACUGUCCCCUUCCCCUGGGACUUGGAUUAUCUCCUGUCAACCUUGCUUCCAGUGUAGGCUGUGACAGCAGAUUCACGAAGGACUUGUGAAAAAUUCAAAGAAUGAAGUGUAAGUACAAAUAAGACAUGUAAGGCUCUUCUCCCCAGCUCUCAACUGUCUUUCUAUCUUCAGGCCUAGUAAUUCCCCUCCAUCCGUGGUAUAGUUAGAGCGCCUCAUAGGCAUGUUCCCCUGCCCAGUACUGCCGACCCCACCUUGUCUGCUGUGGGAAGCCAUUACCAUCUUCAGACCUCAGUGUGAUCAGUUCUGUAUCACCAUGAAUUUUUGGAACUCUGUCCCUUUCAUCUGGGAUGCUCUUAUGACACCCUGAGGCCACUAUGCCAUGCAGUUCAGCUGGGCCAGCCCUUGGCUUACCACUCACGGAAUGAUGGCCACCAGAAGAAGCUAGUGGGUCUAACAGAAGAACCUUGAAUCAAACCACAGAAUAUUGCAAAAUUCUGACUGUGGCCAUCUGCAUUAGGCUCUCCACCUGACGAAAAGCAUGUGAAGUCUUCUGGGCUCACUCCGGUGCCCUUCCUCUAGCUUCCUUUGCCAUGCCCUAUGAUCUUAUUUUCAUUUUGCAGAUGGUUUCCAUCUCCCAAGACAUGCUGAGUUCCUUGAGGGCUAGGAUUACGUCUAAUUCAUAUCUGUCCUGAGUACUUUCAGUAGUACUGAAGACUCUUUACCACUUGCCAAAUUCAGAGUACUCAGGGCUGGGAGAAACUUUAAUCAAGUUAAAAUUAGAGGCAGGGGGAGGGGAAGCCCAGUAGUGUAGCACAUAUUUGGUAUGCACAGGGCCCUAGGUUCCAGUACCACUACUCUCAAAAUCAGUAUACUUUAAUGUCAUUUUUAUGCAUGUGUAUAUGUGCAGGUAGGUAUGUGUGCAGACCAGAGGUCAAAAUCAAAUGUCUUUCUCCCUCACUUUCCCCAUUAAUUUCUUUUUUUUUUCUUUUUUUUUUUUUUUUUUUUGGUUCUUUUUUUCGGAGGUGGGGACCGAACCCAGGGCCUUGCGCUUCCUAGGCAAGCGCUCUACCACUGAGCUAAAUCCCCAACCCCUCCCCAUUAAUUUUUGAGACAGGGUCUCUCACCAUUAUUAACCUGGAUCUGCUCAGCAAGGCCCCAAUUUCUCUUGUUUCUGUCUCUCCAGAGCUGGGGUUACAGGUAUGCACCACUGUGCCUGGCAUUCUACAGGUUCUAGAGGUCAAAACUCAGGCCUUCAUGUUUACAUAACAAGCACUUCACUGAGCGAGUUCCCAAGCUUUAUAUGCACCUUAUAAAGACUUUAAAGAACAGUCUGUGUCACCAGCAGCUCCUACAACCAGAGUGGUUCUAAUCUAGCAGAGACUUCCAAUUGUGACAGAAAGCAUUAAGAUGACUUAUCCAUCCUAUCAGCAAAGCCGGGAGCAGUCAAAGAAUGGUCUCCCAGAGGAGGCAACAUCCAAGCUUGAUCUGCAAAUGCAAGUGGUUGCACAGACUGAAAAAGCUUAUGGCUAUAUUCACCCUACCCCUGAGGAGGAGGAGUGAUGGCCUGGAUUGGUCAAAUGCAAGAAUACUAAACUAAGCUACUGUUGAAGGGGUGGAACCCAGUGUGUAGCAAGGGUUGUCCUGAUCUAGGAUGGCACAGGCCUGAUUCUCCUCUCGCAAAGACACCAGCCCCCCAGAUGGCUUUGCCCUGCAGUCGCAGGUCCAAGACUCCCAAGACACUGGCUUUCCUUCUAGUGGGUAUGACUUUCGUGGUGCUGAACCAGUGGCUCCUCCAGGAGCCCAUGCGGGAGAAAGCCAACGGUUCCGUGGUCACUCCCUGGUCUUCUGAAGCUGCUGUGCUGCGUUUGCCGCUCCUCCCGGCGCCCCCCUGCGCGGCCAACGUCUCUGUGGACCUCCUGGAUGGCUUCCAGGAGUUGCCCGCUAGGAUCCAAGAUUUCCUGCGCUACCGCCACUGCCGCCGCUUCCCGCAGCUGUGGGACGCGCCACACAAAUGCGUGGGGCCCCGCGGCGUCUUCCUGUUGCUGGCAGUGAAGUCGUCGCCUGCCCACUACGAGCGGCGCGAGCUGAUCCGGCGCACAUGGGGCCAGGAGCGCAGCUACAGCGGCCAGCAGGUGCGUCGCCUCUUCCUGGUGGGGACCUCCUCUCCGGAGGAGGCGGCCCGCGAGCCUCAGCUGGCCGAUCUGCUGAGCCUGGAGGCGCGCGAGCACGGCGACGUGCUGCAGUGGGACUUCAAGGACACCUUCCUCAACCUCACACUCAAGCACCUGCACCUGCUCGACUGGACAGAGGAGCACUGCCCGGGAAUGAGCUUCCUGCUCAGCUGCGACGACGACGUCUUCGUGCACACGGCCAACGUGCUGCGCUUCCUGGAGGUGCAGUCGCCCGAGCGCCACCUCUUCACCGGGCAGCUUAUGGCUGGUUCUGUGCCCAUCCGCGAAAGCUGGAGCAAGUACUUCGUGCCCCGACAGCUCUUCCCAGGCACAGCCUACCCUGUGUACUGCAGCGGCGGCGGCUUCCUUAUGUCCCGCCGCACAGCCCAGGACCUGCGCAGAGCCUCACACCAUGUCCCGCUUUUCCCCAUCGACGACGCCUACAUGGGCAUGUGUCUGCAGCAGGCCGGCCUGGCACCCAGCAACCACGAAGGCAUCCGGCCCUUCGGCGUGCAGCUGCCCGGUACGAAACGCUCAUCCUUUGACCCCUGCAUGUACCGCGAGCUGCUGCUGGUGCACCGCUUCGCGCCUUAUGAGAUGCUGCUCAUGUGGAAGGCGCUGCACGACCCGGCGCUGCAGUGUAGCCACAGACAGGAUGCAGGGUCUCCCGAGGCCAGAGGGGAAAUGAUCUCCGAUGCACACUGAUGUCACCCAGAGGACAGAUCUGGAAAACAGUAUAUCCUAGUGUACCUAGGUCCUAGCCUCAUCUUCAGGGGUUCUGGUCCUAUUGGGCAGGGGUGGCUUCAGACGUGUAGGUGGUAUUUUUCUUGUUUUAAGUCGACUCCAAGAUCUCUGGGCUGGGAAUAUCUAUCUGUUCCUCCUCACACACCAGUCUUCCAGGGCAUCUGUCUUCUGUCCUCCAUUCGUGCCCUCGUGGGCAGCAAGAGAGGCAUGGUGGCCAAGAUCAAUGUCAGCUGUCAAAAGAAGCGCAAUUAUAAAUGGUCAUCUCCACUGUUUGCUCCACUAAUGAGUAGAGCUCCCAGACGUCAGUUUACACUCAGAAUAAAGGGGUGUCUGGCAGCCUCGCUUCCGCCAUGUUCCAGGACUCUGGUGAGGCCAGUAAAAAGCAAAGGCCCUUACGGGCAGUAGCUACACUUGCCUCUCCAAUGCUUUAGGAAGUGCAUGCUUGAGUGGGCAGUGGCCACCUGUCCCAAUGGUGUGGAGUAUGUCUGUGAGAAUAUUGUAUUAGUUUCCUGUUGCUGCUAUAACAAAUUCUCAUUAACUUUCGAAGCCUAGGAAUAAGCCCACUUGGCCUGUAGUUCUCUGACAACACAGGUCUCACUAGGCUAGCAUCAAGGUGUUGUCUCACUAGGCUAAGGCAAGGUGUUGGUAAAAUUGCUUUCUUUCCUAAGUAUUCCACAGGGGAGAGCUCUCCGCUCCCAUUCCCUAGCUUCUAGAGGGAGAGAGGGGUCCUUUACCUUCAAAACCAGCAACGCUACCUUUCCCUACAGCCACAUUUCUUGCUGAUUCUUCUCCUCCAUCCACACCUCCUUCCCUGGAACUAAACCCUGGGUCCACUUGUUAGCCCAGGCUUCGCUUACCAUCUGUUUGUUUGCUCAAGCUGCUCUGAAACUUGUUGGGGAGAUAAGCAUGGUUUUGAAUUCCGGAACCUCCUGCCUUUACCUCCCAAAGGGUGGACUGCAGGUUUGUCUUCACGCCCAGCUAUUAUCUUCAUGUUGUAAAGCGAGAUCACUAGGUCUAUUAUAGCUCAUCACGUCGUUUAAAUGUAACCUAGUUUAGAUGGGGGCAUGGACAUCCUUGGAGGACCAUUAGUGCUGUCUCCCAUGGUGCCACACACACAUAUGUGUGGGAUAAACAACAAUAAAUGGAGGAAAUGAACUCGC